AUGUGCAAGAGCAGAGGCCUGCCUCUCGUUGGUCAGCGCGCGAAGCUGCGCACGGUGCACAAUCCGGACUUUGGAGACUUGGGAGUGCCCCAGCCUCUGCCCUUCUGUGAGUUUGACAUGGGAGGACCAGAGGGGAUAGUGGAGUCUCAUCAGAUCACCAGAGAUGGAAAAGCUUUAGCUACAGAGGCUGUGGACUGCAAAUGGUUCAUCCGCGCUCCGCCACGCUCCAAGAUCUACCUGCGUUUCCUGGACUAUGAGAUGCAGAACAGUAAUGAGUGUAAGCGUAACUUUGUGGCGGUGUACGACGGCAGUGCGUCCGUAGAGGACCUGAAGAACAAGUUCUGCUCUACGGUGGCCAACGACGUGAUGCUGGUGUCCACCACGGGGGUGAUCAGGAUGUGGGCCGACCAGGGAAGCCGCCGGAGCCGCUUCAGAAUACUCUUCACCACCUUCCAAGAACCUCCAUGCGAGGCGGAUGCCUUCUUCUGUCACAGUAACAUGUGCAUCAACAACACCCUGGUGUGUAACGGCAUUCAGAACUGUGUCUACCCCUGGGAUGAGAAUCACUGUAAAGAGAAGAGGAAAGCCAAUAUCCUGGACAACCUGAACAACACCAACGGCACCAUUAUCGGCGUCACCUGUUGUAUCGUCCUCAUCCUCCUCAUUGUGUCCGUCAUCGUUCAGAUCAAACAGCCCAGGAAGAAGUACAUCCUCCGGCGCGAGGACUUUGACCCCACCAUGUUCCAGGAGGUCUUCGAGCCGCCGCACUACGAGCUCUGCACGCUACGGAGCGCCACACACGCCACUGCAGCCUCCGCAGACCUAGUCGACCUGGCAGAGGACUUCGAGAACUACCACGCUCUCCGCCGCUCAUCCUCACGCUGCGUCCAUGACCACCACUGUGGCUUCGCCUCCAACCCGGGCUCCGCCCACCUGUCCCAGCUGUCACUCAGUGGGCGGGGUAGCCGCGGCAACCUGAGCACACGCGAGACCCUCCUCACGGACCUUCCACCACAGCCGGUACGGCCGCUGCUGCCCAGCGUUGCCACAGGGAACCGGCGCAGCAUACUGGUGAUGAAGCACAGCUACUCACAGGAAGCGGCCGACAACGGGUGCGACCUCGAUGACGACCUGGAAGAGGUUCCCACAACGAGCCACCGACUGUCGCGUCACGAGAAGGCAGUCCAGCGACUUCUUGAGAAUAGUGCAAUCCUGGAUCAGUACGAACGGGCUUCAAUGAAAUAUGAAAAUACGGACCGGAGAUUCACAUCAGCAUAAUGGCGAUGGUGAUGGUGAUGAAGGACUUAUGGAAAUAGAGAAUAUGAAAUAUGUAACAAACUGGAAGAAAGUAGCUACAGUGAUAAAAACAAUUGCCUGUGUAUAGACUGGCUUAAAAUAAUUGAAACUUGAAUUUAAGUAGGCUUCUAAUCAGACCCACUAUUGUCACUUCAGAUUUUGUAAUCUUAUUGACUGGACAUUAACAUGGUACAUUAUUAUCAAACAAAACAUUGGAUGAAUAUCUACAUUGUGAGAUGCAAGUUUGUUGCUCAAAAUCAUCAAUGGACUAUUGUGAUUAGAAAACCUUCCUCCGUUCAAUGUUUAGAGCAUGUGAUUUUGUAGGAUUUUUGCAGCAUAUUAUAAAUGGUAUUUUGGGGUAUCAAUGCUUGCAAUUUUUCAGUUUGAGGAAAGAUGUAACAUUUAUCAGUAAUAAUUAGGCAAUAAAGCCUAGUCAGUAACUAACCUCAGUGUAAUUAGCCCUCUCUGAAUAAAAAAAAACAACUUUAUAUGAUAAUUGAAAAUGCUAUGGUAUGACUUGUGCAUGCUUUUUAUAUCCAUUAAAACAUGAACAAACUAACAUGUAGAUUGAAAGUCAUCCACUAAUGCACUACAUGCAUCUCAGUUAUAAAUAAGUUCACUAUAACAUAAACAAAGGAAAUCUAUCCAUAAAAGUAUUGUGAGUGGUAUUAAUUGAUUGCAUGCUAAUUCAACUAAAUUGAAAGUCAAAUGUCAAUACAAAACUAAUCUUUAACAUUUUCAUUUUCAAAUGUUGAUUCCUCUCACAAAUUAAAAAAAAAAAUCAAAGUUUAGUUAUUUAUUAUUUGACAUAAACAAUGUAAAUUCAGUUGAUUUGUCACACCCUCUCUUUUCGUAGCCUGUAAUCUUUGUACUCAGACUUUUCUACUGGGGGUAUUUGAAAAGAGGAGACUUUUUAAAGACAUUAAUAAUACUGUUCAGGACUGAUUUUAUGAAUGCUUUGUAAGAAAAUAAACAAUAAAGCUUAAUA